GUGACGGCAGAUGCUUCCCACACUCCUCCUCCUUCUUCAUGCUGAAAGCCUGAUAUCACAGCUACAGACUGACGGACUGAGGCCCACAACAACAAGAGCAUCCAUCCCAGCAUCUCCUCUAAAGGCGCUUCCACUUUCAUCUCCCACCAGUCUCCCCCUUCCCGACCCCCCCGAUGCCUAAAAACAGCAAAGUGACGCAGCGGCAGCAAAGCAAUGAGCACGUCACAGAGUCGGUGGCUGACCUGCUGGCCCACGAGGAGCCCCUCGAUUACAAGAGCAGCUCGCUGAAGGUCGGCGGAGCUGCCAGCGGGGCGGCGUCCAGCGGAAAGAAAGCGCCCCAGAUCGAGGUGCCGGAAAAUGAUGGCCGGCCGGCGUGGAACAGCAAGCUGCAGUACAUCCUGGCACAGGUGGGCUUCUCAGUGGGCCUGGGGAACGUGUGGCGCUUCCCCUACUUGUGCCAAAAGAAUGGAGGAGGAGCUUAUCUGGUCCCCUACUUCAUCCUACUCCUUAUCAUCGGCAUCCCGCUCUUCUUCCUGGAGCUGGCAGUGGGUCAGAAGAUCCGACGAGGCAGCAUCGGGGUGUGGAACUAUGUCUGUCCACGCCUCGGCGGGAUUGGGAUGUCGAGUCUGAUGGUGUGUGGCUUUGUGGGUCUCUACUACAACGUGAUCAUAGGCUGGAGUAUCUUCUACUUCUUCCAGUCUUUCCAGUAUCCUCUGCCAUGGAGCGACUGUCCCAUCAGAAAGAAUGGGACUCUUGCUAUCGUGGAGCCUGAGUGCGAGAAGAGUUCAGCCACGACUUACUUCUGGUACCGCCAGACGCUGAACACGACCAGCACCAUCGCAGAGAGCGGAGGCCUCAACGUUCAAAUGACGUUAUCUUUGCUGGCAGCGUGGAUUAUCGUGUGUUUGGCCGUCAUCAGAGGCAUCGCAUCUUCUGGCAAGGUGAUGUACUUCAGCUCUCUUUUCCCCUACGUGGUGCUCUUCUGCUUCCUGGUCAGAGGUUUGAUGCUGAAGGGGUCUGUGGAUGGAAUCUAUCACAUGUUCACUCCAAAGCUGGAGAAGAUGCUCGAGCUCCAGGUGUGGAGAGAGGCGGCCACCCAGGUGUUCUUUGCUCUGGGCCUGGGCUUUGGCGGGGUCAUAGCUUUCUCCAGCUACAACAAGAUAGACAACAACUGUCACUUUGACGCGGUGCUCGUCUCCUUCAUCAACUUUGUCACGUCCAUCCUGGCCACGUUGGUGGUGUUCGCCGUGCUGGGCUUCAAGGCCAACAUCAUGAACGAGAAGUGUGUCACAGAAAAUGCUGAGAAGAUCCUCGGAUACCUGAACUCAAAUGUGCUGAGUCAUGAUCUGGUCCCGCCUCAUAUGAACUUCUCUCACCUCACCACCUCUGACUACGCCGAGAUGUACCAGGUCAUCAAAACGGUGAAAGAGGACGGCUUCCCACAGCUGGGUCUGGAUCCUUGCAUCCUGGAGGACGAGCUCAACAAGGCUGUGCAAGGCACCGGCCUGGCUUUCAUUGCCUUCACAGAGGCCAUGACGCAUUUCCCGGCGUCGCCGUUCUGGUCCGUCAUGUUCUUCUUCAUGCUCAUCAACUUGGGCCUGGGCAGCAUGAUCGGCACCAUGACCGGAAUCACCACGCCCGUCCUGGACACCUACAAAGUCCAGAAGGAGCUUUUCACAGUGUGUUGCUGCAUCGUGGCCUUCCUGUGCGGUCUGCUGUUUGUCCAGCGCUCAGGGAAUUACUUUGUCACCAUGUUCGAUGAUUAUUCUGCCGGACUGCCCCUCACGGUGGUGGUCAUCCUGGAAAAUGUGUCGGUGGCUUGGAUUUAUGGCACUAAAAGAUUCAUGCAGGACUUAGAGGAUAUGUUGGGUUUCCGGCCCAACAUGAUCUACUUCUACUUGUGGAAGUUUGUCUCCCCCAUCUGCCUCAUUGUGCUCAUCUCGGCCACUGUCAUAGAGAUGGUCAUCAGCCCACCUGGCUACAACGCCUGGGUGGAAGAUCUGGCCCAGGAGCGCUUUGAGAGCUACCCCUUGUGGGCGUUGGUCAUGUGCUUCGCCCUCAUCGUCGUGGCCAUGCUUCCUCUCCCCGUCGUCUUCAUCGCCCGCCACUUCAACCUGAUGUCGGACGGCUCCAACAAGCUGUCCGUCUCCUAUCGUAAGAGCAUGAUGAAAGACAUCUCCAACCUGGAGGAAGAGAACGAGGCCAGGUUCAUCCUGGGCGCCAAACCCGGCGACACCCCAGCGUCCGUGCCGGCACGCAAAGCCUACUUGGCUCCUGGAGGAGGAAAAGCCCUGGACCCCAACUCCUUGUCUCCCAACAGCUGCUAUGGGACAGGCUACCAGAAUGCUGCCAUCAGCCCCACCACGCCGACCACUCCUACCACGCCUGAGUCGGACUUUUGAUUGCGUCCAAACACGUCUCAUGUUUCUAACACCAAGCCUCCACUUGUGGUCAUUGCCCACCAUCUAAUAGCAUUAAUGUAGCAGUCCAGUUGAUAUCCAUAUUGCAGCACAUGUCAGGCCAACUAUAGAUAGAUUGAUGGAACUUUGUUGUCAUUGCACAAGUACAACGAAAUGUUGUUUUCAGCACAAACCCGUUCAAGAUUAGACAAACAAACAGUGGUUACAGAACAAGAAUGCUGAUGGCUCGCCACAAGGCGCCCCCGUAAAAGAUGGGAAAAAGGUAGACCCUGGGGGAGGAUGACUAAAAAAAUACAAUCUCAGACUAUGCAGUGUGUACUGUACAUACAUGAUAGCACCAAGCACUGCACAUAAAAUGGUUAAUAUUUACAGAGUAUCAUAAACUUACGCCAAAAGCUGCUUUAAAGACACAUUCACUUAAUUUCUUCAUACAGUGGCCAGGCAGGCAACUGGGGUUUUAUUUAAUCUACUGCAAUGUUUUGUCACUAUAUUAACUCACAUAUAGACAUGGGAAAUAUACAUUAUUAUACUCAAUCUGAUGUCAAUUAUAAUACAGUAAAAAUGCACCAUUUACUACAUUAAUUACAAAACCCAAAACCAGUAAAGUUGGCACGUUGUGUAAAUCGUAAAUAAAAGCAAAAUACAAUGAUUUGCAAAACCUUUUCAACUUAUAUUCAAUUGAAUAGAUAGAUAGAUAGAUAGAUAGAUAGAUAGAUAGAUAGAUAGAUAGAUAGAUAGAUAGUACUUUAUUGAUUCCUUCAGGAAAGUUCCCUCAGGAAAAUUUUAAUUCCAGCAGCAGUGUACAGAAUUGAGAUCGAAUCUAAAAAGUAAAAAGUAAAUAAUGGGGGUAUAAAUGGAAACAAAAUAGAAAAAUAUUACAUUAGAAUAAAAAUAAAAAGCAACAAUGAGAAUAAAAAUAUAACAGUAAAACAAGAAUAUAACAAGAGAAACUAGGCAGUAGUGACCAUGUUAUGAAAAAUUAUUGCACUGUUAUUGUUUUGCAUCCCCAAUAGACAAUAGACUGCAAAGGCAAGAUAUUUAAUGUUCGAACUGAGAAACUUUGUUAUUUUUUGCAAAUAUUAGCUCAUUUGGAGUUUAAUGCCUGCAACAUGUUUCAAAAAAGCUGGCACAAGUGGCAAAAAAGACUGAGAAAGUUGAGGAAUGCCCAUCAAACACUUAUUUGGAACAUCCCACAGGUGAACAGGCUAAUUGGGAACAGGUGGGUGCCAUGAUUGGGUAUAAAAGCAGCUUCCAUGAUAUGCUCAGUCAUUCACAAACAAGGAUGGGGCGAGGGUCACCACUUUGUGAACAGAUGCGUGAGCAAAUUGUCAAACAGUUUAAGAACAACAUUUGGUUUUGGGUUUUGUAGAAGCAGGUGAUAAUCGAAGUGAGGCUAUUGGUAAAUAAUUGUUUGUUUAUUUUGGGGUGCAUGAGAAAGUGGAAAGGAAGACAUGUGGUCAUUAAUUGACAAAUGUAUCGCACAACACAGCAGCAACAGAACCAAAUUCCACUUUUGACAGCGGUUGGUGGUUGAAGAGGUUGCCUACAGCCACAGCUGUUAAUACCAAUAUUUUUUGACCGUAUACAAAUUCGAGACCCUGGUAGUUAUUUGCUUUUGCAAUAAGAGGAGACUGUAUGGUUAAUAAAAUAGAGGCGCUUAUUGAAGCGUUUAUGGGAUAAUUAUUAGAAUAAAUUAAGGUGUUGACAGAUAUUAGAUAAUUAGCCAUUUGGUGCAUUUAUGUGAGGUGUUUAUUCAUAUGGUUAUCUGGGGCAGAGCGCCUACAAUAGCACAGGCCACUAUUUGAAGAAAUACACUGUUAUGCAUAAAUUGUUAUACAGCAAUAUAAUAAUAAUGUGCUGAUAAUGUAUGACUUCAUCAUCCGGCAUACACUUUGUCAUCGCAGGAGGUCGUUUUUCUACUCCAAAGAAUAAGAAGCACACGCCUAAACACUUAAAAUCUUAAUUUUCUUAUACAAAAAUAGUACAAAGUCACGUUUAAGUGCAAAAGCACAAAAUAAUUGACAUUACACUGUGCACGACAAUGCACUCAUUGUGCAUAUGGAAGCAUAAGUGAUGCUUAAUAUCAAGUAAAAUAAUGCAAGCACAAAAGGUGCGCUGUACUAAAGGAUUGUGCAACCUUAGCAACAUAACACCAACAGUAUUUAAUAAUAUAAACAUGCGUUACAUUGCACAAACACAUUUAAGCACCACAUUCACUUGUAUUGAUUGUAAUGAAAGCUGCGGAUUGUAAACAAGGACUUUUAUGUUACGAGGCGGAUAACCACAUUACAUAUUAGAUUUUUUUUUUAAUUAAGUUAUUAAAAUGACAAUAUGUGUGCAAUAUAUAUACGCACACAUAUAUACACAUCGUGUAUAUACAUGAAAAAAUAUAUACACAAACACAUACACACACAUAUAUGUAUGCAUAUAUAUAUAAACAUAUAAAUAUAUGUGUAUAUAUAUAUAUACAUAUACUGUAUAUAUAUAUAUAUAUA